GUCGUAGAUCUUGAAAGUGCGUUUUGGUUCACCCAUCAGUUUCAAUCUUCGCAUGUAUCGUUAUCAGUGAGAGCGUGUCGCUCGCAGGCGAGUGUGAGUCAGCGUCUUAUUACACAUCUGUCUUUGUGAAGAACUGCAUCUUUUUGGUUUGCAUUACCCAUCUUCCUCCUUUGAAGGGCAUUAAUUCGUCAGAUCCAGCAAUGGUUGAGGAAGAGGAGAGGAAAAGUAAUGGUGGAUCGCAUCAGACCUAUGGCUCCAUCAACGCCGACUCGCAGAGUAUCAAAUGCGUCAACGCGGCGUACGAAGGCCCGCAUUCUGAUCCCAAGAUUCGGGAUGGGAUCGAGUGGCCCGGUGGACAAUGGAAGGCCAUCUAUGUUAUUUUCUUACUUACUCUUCUUAAUGCUGCAAACAAGAUGGACAGAUACGUUUUAAUUGAGGUGAUCAAGGAAAUGGCCGACGACCUCGAGUUUGGUGAUCGAAGUUGCUUAAACGCAACCGUCUACAUCGACCCGACUGACAGCGUGGAAGAACGGGAGAAAUAUAAAUGUGAUCCCCAGAGAUGUGAGGAGACAGAAAUCGUGAGUCUGAACGACACCGCUUCUAACGUGACGUCAUGCCACUGGGUCUACUGGGGCACCGGUCUCGAGUACCAGCUCCUGGCCGGUCCCGCGUUCAUCGUGGUCGUCGGGUUGAUGAGGAUUCCCUUGACCUUUGCCAUGGAGCACGGACGCAUCAACGGUCGCAACAUCCUCGUCGCCUGCUCCAUUGCCUGGAGUCUGGCCACACUCCUAACAGGGUUCGCCACGGAGGUCUGGCACGUCUAUGUCUGCCGUGUUCUUCUUGGACUUUUUCAGGCCCCGUUCAGCCCGUUUUCCGUUGCCCUGGUAACAGCUUACUCUCCACCGCAACUUCGUGGUCUAGCGAUGAGCAUAUUAAACAGUGGCAUUGCCGUAGGCUAUGCCCUGGCCUACGGGUUGGGUUUCCUGAAAGAGGUGGCCGGAUGGCGGUGGGCCUACUGGGUUGCUGGCAUCCCAGGGGUAGUGGUCGCUAUUCUCAUGCUAUUCACCUUGCAGAACCCUGCCAAACUUAUUCAGAAACAGACUUCCCAGUCGAUGAUCAAGAUGGGACGAUGCGAGCAGCUCAUCUUCCAGAACUGGGCCACCAUCAUUCCUCUCAGUCUGGGCUCCGCCCUUCGCUUCGGUGCAACGUACAUCUUCAACUACAACAUCAACAACUACCUGUUGCACUAUUAUCCUCACUUCCACGUGCACAACUACCUGAGCUGGACUCCCAUUCUGUCUGGUUUUGGCGGGAUACUGUUUGGUGGGAUACUGAGUGAUGUUGCCCGGAGGAGAUACGGGUUGGAAGGAAGGAUGUGUACACAGAUUGCUUUAUCCGUCAUCUGUGCUCCUGUAAUGACCCUCAUCUUCUUCCUUGAGCCCCCUGCUGUCUUCGCCGCAGCGGCUGUCGGGACGUCGAUCGCCGACGCGUGGACUGGAGGCACCGUUUCCACACUCACCGAGCUCAUCCCUCCAGGUCUCCGCCCAUCCUUUUUUGCUGUCUACUACUGCCUCAUCAACACCGUUGGUGGGACACUCAACAUCACCCUGCCGGCGCUGCGUCAGGCAAUGAGGUUCCGGUAUGCAAUGAUCAUGGCUGUAAUUGGGCUGAUCUCGUUGGGUACCGUGCUCUUCACGCUAGGUCUUUUCGCGAUGGCAUGCUCCCGACGACGUUAUGGUGACAGUAAGAACCAGGACGAAAUAGAGGAUCAAAACGCCAAUGAAACAAUUACCCCUAUACUUAGUUAGAGCUAUUCAUGUUAACACGUAACUAAAUUCAAAACACUCAAAUGAAACCUACGUGUGAGAUUAAAUGGACAUAAAUUUGUUCACUUCUGGUGACCAAAAUUUAAAUUGUAAGACAAAAGAAGAAAUUAAAUAGCAAUCUUGAUUUUUAGAUAGUAUGGCCGUAGAUAAAACUGCAGUGUAUCCUUUUAUUCAUUGACUUUGAUUAAGGUCUUUGAACUUCUUUUCACUUCCUAAAGAAAUAUUUCCAUUUCAAACUAUUAUUUUUAACAAAACUGUUUUUUUAUAAUUUCAUUUAAAUGUGAUGGUAAUUAUUUGCUCUUUUUCAAAAUUGAUUUUUAACUGCUGUUAUUUAAUGGAGAGAGAGAAAGUAUUGAUUUAAGAUCAAAGAUAUUUCUAGUAAGAAUCAGAAUGUCAGAUCUAUCAAUAAAGACUUACCACUGAGAAAUUUCAUACUUGUGGCAAAUCACAGAAUUAUCCUAAAAGAAUGUUAAUUUACAUGAAUUCUCCUAUUCAAAUUCAUAUUGUUUAUUGAUAUUUUUCUCAGAAUUGCAAUAACUGUGUGUGAAAGAGCUGAAAUACACCUGUAUAUACACAUCCCCAAAGGUUUUUUUUUGUUGCCAUUGAAACAUUUUGCCAUUUUUGAAAACAUGAAUAAAUUGCUCUUUAUUGAUUUUUUUUUAUAACUUACUAAUGAAGACUAACAUGUAAAUCUAUACUUUUCAUAUUACAUGUAGCCUACACUAAAAAAAAGUCAGAUCACAAUUUGCAGCCAUUUUUGCAAAACCUGCUUUGACUUAGCACUGCAUAUGUUUUUAUAUAUAAUAUGAUUGUUUUCAUAGCUUUCAAAGCAACAUUCGUCAGAUAAAUUCAAUGUUGACUGUUGACAAAUAAAAGGCCUCAACUCGAAACAGCAAUUCUGAGAAAUUUGAUGAUGAUACAUUUUCUUCCAAUCAAACCGACCAACAUGUGAAGUUUUGUUUUGUUUUGCUUUCAUAUAACUGAAUUAAGUUAAGAAUUCAUAUUUUGAGAAUCUGUUGGACAGGUGUAACUGAUUUUUUGUUUGUGAAUAAUUCUCAAAAUUACCAGGAAAAAGAAUUACGUCUUUUUGCUGUAAAUCACCCCAUAUAUAUGUGUUGUGUAGUGCAGUUAUACACAAUGUAUGUAACCUGAAUUGUUGUGGAUUUAUUUUAUAUGGGUGAGCCUGAUCACUUUGUCAUUGAAGAUCAUUUAACAAAUUCUGAAAGUUUAAAGACUUUGUAAAAAUAAAAAAAUAAAGGAGUUGAAUUUGUCAAAGUGUACUAUGGUUCAUUACAAAGAGUAUCACAAAAUUCUUAAAUGUUUAUAGAAUUUUAUUGCCAUGGUUACCUACUAAAGAUAGAAUCCAUCAAAAAUUCAAUGCCAUGGACGAACAGGAUCGAAAUGGGUUUCUACACAUGUCAGUGAUCUUUUGUUGUGUCUAUCUAAAUGAAACAAUGCUGACAAGUUAUUUUCAUUGCAAAUGUUAAUCUAAUAAAUUGACCUCCCCGACAUAUGUAAUUUUGUUUAUUGCUCCAGCAAUAGAACAAAACUUUUGAAUUUUCUUUCCAUCACGGAUGGACAAAUUUGCAUAAACAUGAAUAUAAGAAUGCGGUAUGACCAUUCCUGGACAAAUAUUUCCCAAUAUUUUUUUUCUAUUUUAGGAAAAUGGUGUUUCAUCUAAAAUUACAUGUAUAUGUACUUGCAAAAAAGACUCAAGGCAAUCUAAUGAAUGUCAAAAUAGUACUAAAUCAACAUUUCUCAAAAGCGUCCGUCCGUGACAGCAGUGUUCAACAUCCCUAUUCGAAAGUGAGUCAUUCCAGUCUCUUUCCGGACCUUACUGAAUAAACAAAUAUGAACUUUAGUAACCUUAGAUAUCAAUGAAAUAUCCAGCAGUGAUUAGAUCGUAAGAAUACAAUAAAAAUGAUUUUUUUUUCACCCCAAUGCUUACUUUAACCGAUCAGGCUCGGGUGUACUAUGUACCGGUACACAUGUUUAUGUAUCACUCACAUUAAUAUUGUAUAUUGAAUGUAGCCUAAUUGCAUCUUUAUAGCACAAUGGAUGUUUGUCAAUAAAUGAACAAUAUCAAAUGAAUAAAUUAUGAUAAAGUAUGCUUGUAAAUAGCUAAAUCAGACCUGCCAACAUCCGGGAAUGAAAACUGUAUUCUGUGAUUAAAAAAACAACUGUAUUUUUCCAC